AUCGACUGAUUGAGAUUGAACGCAAAAUGCAAAUCGAGUGAUAAACGAUCGCCGCGAAAUUGAAAUAACAGGCGUGCAGCUUUUUAGCUGGCAGAGGAGCAGCUAGCCGACUUCCCAGUUCCCCAAAAGCUCACCCCUCCCCCCACAAGUCUGAGGCGAUCUGCCGUUAGCAGUCACAAUUCGCAGUCGCAGCCGCAGUCCUAUAAAUCUCAUACAAAAUGCCGAAACCACUAGUUGGCUCCUGCUGCCUGUGCCAGUCGACAAGGAAUGGAUCUGUUAUAUCCGGCGUUUUGGCCAUUAUACUAUCCAUAGUCACGAUAAUUGUGAUAUUCACGACGCGUGUGCAUUUCAAGACAAUUAUCUUUGACUUUAUACCAAAUGAUAUUGUUAAAAUCAUACUCGUGAUAAAUCUAUGCAUGACGAUAUUAAUUUCAUUGCUCAUGAUUGUUGGUGUGCUCAAGCGUAAUCAUUAUCUGAUGGUUCCUUGGGUGGUGCUGGGCAUUAUGAUUGCCAUUGGCCUGUUGAUUUCUGUAAUCUACACUGGAGUCGUCUUCUUCAUCGAUGGCUUCGUGCUAACGGGCGUUCUCUGGCUGAUCUUCGGGCUGAUCUGUUGUGCUGUACUCACAUAUUGCUGGUGUGUCGUCUACAGCGAGUACGCAAAUCUAGCCGAGGAGAGCGAACGUGGACGUUACAACAAGCAACCCUAUCGUCGUUGAUCAAUUGCCAGUACAAGUAUAUAUAUAUAUAUAUAUAUUUAUAUUUAUAUAUAUGUAUAUGGCCGGUUUUACUCACAUCAUCGAUUCACGGCUUAGAUAGCAUACACUUAUAUGUACAUCUUAUCUGUUAGUUGAUAAUACUAAAACUGCUUAUGUUCGUAAUUAGCUCAUAUAUUUAACUAAUAAUUGUAAUUUAAUUAUUUAAAAAAGAUACGAAUACUAAAGGUUAAGUAAAUUAAUUUGAUGGGGCCCCGUCGCAAGUGCAAUCGAAUUACUUAACAAUUCAAUUUCUAUCACUGUCCAAUUAUGUUUUUUGUAAU